GUCGGUGUGCGGUGGUAUUUCUCAAUCGUUGUGCCAUCAUGCCAUUUAUUUUCAGCCCAUCACCUUCGCUACUGCGGUCCCUUUUUCGCCUCUCGUCAGUGACUUCGACAGCUUUGCCGAGAAGACAGCAACAGCAGUUUUCCACAUCCGCUUCCGCCCUUGCUUUCAUCACUUUCUCCAAAACACGAACAUCGGGACAAUAUUGUUCUCCACUCUUAAAAUCAGUUACGGCUUCGUCUACUAACGGAAACGGCAGUGGCCACGGUCUUAUUCCACCUCCCAACAAAAGGUUCAAAAUGACAUCUGCGUAUAGUGUUGUUCAAAAAGGGAGUCUGGAUGCUCCCGAUUAUCGUCUGUACUUCCUUGACCAGGCUGGCACUCCAAUUUCGCCAUUCCAUGACAUUCCUCUUCGAGUGACGCCGGACGUCAAUGUUUUUAACAUGGUGGUGGAGGUUCCUAGAUGGACCAAUGCCAAGAUGGAGAUAGCGACAAAGGAACCCCUGUGUCCUAUCAAACAAGAUGUCAAGAAAGGAGCCCUGCGAUAUGUUGCCAAUUGCUUUCCCCACCAUGGGUACAUUUGGAAUUAUGGAGCUUUGCCACAAACGUGGGAGAACCCUUCCAAUAUUGAUAAGUCUACGGGAUGUAAAGGAGACAACGACCCUAUUGAUGUCUGUGAAAUUGGUGGCAGGAUUCACCCACGCGGUGCCGUAAUUCAAGUUAAGAUCUUGGGUUGCUUCGCUCUCAUCGAUGAAGGUGAAACUGAUUGGAAACUUAUGGCAAUUGAUGUCACUGACCCCAUGGCUGACAAGCUCAAUGAUGUUCAUGAUAUUGAAAAGUUGAUGCCAGGAUACUUGCGGUCAACUGUGGAAUGGUUUAGGAUCUACAAAAUUCCUGAUGGCAAGCCAGAAAAUCAAUUUGCUUUCAACGGUGAACCGAAGAAUGCGGAAUUUGCAUUGCAUUGUGUUGAGGAGACUCAUAAGUUUUGGAAAGAUUUGAUUUCCAAAGAAGUUCCGAAUGAAACUGAACUGUCUUUAACUGGAACUAGCUCAAACGUGUCACCAACAAUGACAACUCAAGAAGCGGAAGCUAUAAUUAACGGUAAUCCUGAACCUGGCGAACCAGCCCACGUGGAUCCAUUUGUACAAAAAUGGCACUGGGUAACCGUAAAUCCAAGCACAAAUUGACAUACGGGGAAAUCUAUAGUGCGGCAACUAUUAUGUUGUGAAUCUUGCACAUGUCACGUUGUCUAAUGUCUAACAAGAAUUCGAUUUUUAAUUUCUUUCAAAAUUGGAAAUUACUGAAUAAAUUGUGAACUUUUAUAUAGCA